ACAGCCCUCCACUCAGGCCGGACGUCUUAUUCCGCCGCCAUCCUCCAUCCCAGAAGCCGACAGCCACACAAACCUGCAGCUAAACAUGAACUUCACCGUGGAAGAGAGGGGAAACCCGAACUCCCUGAGCUACCGCUUGUUCUUCAAAAAUGCUGAAGAAAAAUACAUCUCACCAUUCCAUGACAUCCCAAUGUACGCUGAUGAGAGUCAGAACAUCUUUCACAUGGUUGUUGAAGUACCAAGAUGGACAAAUGCAAAGAUGGAGAUAGCAACAAAAGACCUCUUGAACCCAAUUAAGCAAGAUGUAAAGAAGGGCAAGUUGCGGUAUGUUGCCAAUGUUUUCCCGCAUAAGGGCUACAUAUGGAACUAUGGAGCCAUUCCCCAGACAUGGGAGGAUCCAGCACAUAAAGAUGGAGACACCGGCUGCUGUGGUGACAAUGAUCCCAUUGAUGUCUGUGAAAUCGGCAGUAAGGUGUGCUCCCGUGGCGAGGUAAUCAAAGUAAAGGCACUCGGUGUCCUGGCCAUGAUUGAUGAGGGCGAGACUGAUUGGAAAGUUAUUGCAAUCAAUGUAGAGGACCCCGAAGCCAGCAACUUUAACAACAUCAGUGAUGUCCAGCGCCUGAAACCUGGUUAUCUGGAGGCCACCAUCGACUGGUUCAGGAGGUACAAAGUGCCAGACGGGAAACCAGAGAACCGGUUCGCCUUCAAUGACGAGUUCAAAGACAAGGACUUUGCCAUUGAAGUAAUCAAAAGCACUCACAAGUUCUGGAAAGCCCUCAUUUCCCAGGAAACGAAUGCUGGUGAACUGAACUGCAAAAACACGUCUGUCUCAGCCUGUGGCAGCCCGUACUGCUGCUCAGCAGAUGAAGCUAAAAAAGCUGUUGGUGAGACAUGUCCUUGUGGAAAAGAAGAGCCUAUCCCCACAUCAGUUGACCAAUGGUUCUACUAUGAGAAGAAGUAAUCCAGGAGCUACUCUGAUUGGAGCAGACGUAAAUGGUCAAUGGAACCAAUAGGAUGAUGAACCAACGGGGUGACAGGAUGGUUGGAUGUGGGUCGGCUGUUGUCCUGUAGAUGGAGAGAUAGGGUUUAAUACUGUAGGAAAAGAGAGAAGUCAAAAAGUACAUGUCUCGACCAAUUUAUUUUCACUUAUUUAACAAAGAUCUCUUUGGAGAUAUGCUGUCAUAAACAAUGUACAGGUACAGUGCCUAGUAGAUACUUGUGUCCUGUAUGAGAAUGAACUGCUUUAAUAAAGCUUCUCUGGGUUAAUGAUAAUCAGAGUGUGAGUUUAUAAGUAGAGCUAUGAGUGUUAGAGGUGAGAGGGGGAAAAAAAUAAAAAAAUAUAAACAGUUUUGUCUUAGAUUGAACUUUUUGAUUGUUAUAAUGCUGCCACCUAGUGUUCACUGGCCCCCAUUGACUUUCUUUUUGCAAUCUACUUUGUUGUUGUAUGUACUUAUUUUAGACUAUGAUUUUAAAGCCUUAACAUGUGAUUUGUACAGCAGAAAUACACACUGCACAAUGA